GCCAGUACCAGAUAUUAUUUGGCCUGCUGACGGACUAAAUGGAAGGCAGCGAGAUAAGGAACCGAGCCGAUCCGGGCCAGUCCAGGCCGGGUCGGGAUACGAGGGACAGCAGCACCCAGACUGACUGCAGACUGCAAGGUCAUGGCCCCAGGCUAUCCAAGGUAAACCUGUUCACCUUGUUGAGUCUGUGGAUGGAGCUGUUUCCACCGGAGCAACCUGAAGAGGAUGAGCACAGUGAGAUCCGUGGGAUGGGUCUGGUGGUGGUCCGGGACAGUAAGGUGGUGGGUCUCCACUGUUCGGGACCUGAGCUUCACGCGGGACAAGCAGCCAUCAUCCAGCACGGCGCCGGCCUGGCUGACACACAGCUCUACUUCUCCAGGAGACCCUGCGCCACCUGCCUCAAGAUGAUCAUCAACGCUGGAGUCAGUCAGAUUUCCUUCUGGCCCGGAGACCCCGAGGUCAGCAUGCUGAGGUCCCCCUCUACAAACCACUCCAGCUCCCACAGUCCAGCUGAUUGCAUCUCAGAGGAGGCCACGCUGGACGCCAUGGCAACAGAGAAGCUGAAAUCCAACAGCCGCCCUCACAUCUGCGUGCUGCUGCAGCCGCUAGCUCCUGGCCUGGCGCAGUUUGUCGACGAGACGUCCAGAGAGUGUGAUUUCAUGGAGAAAAUGGUUGAAGAUGACCCGGGGCUGAACACAGAGGACCUCUACAACAGAGAGCGGACGAGACACCUGAAGGAUUUUUCCAGACAGCUCCUGGUGAGGACGUCUCAGCAGCACAGGGAGGUUCUGACCCACAUGGGUCUGGAGGACUUCUGCGUGGAGCCGUACUUCUCCAACCUGAGACACAACAUGAGGGAGCUGGUGGAGGUCCUGGCUGCCGUGGCUGCCGGCGUGCCGCAGCAACACUACGGCUUCUACAGUGAACCAUCAUCAGCCAAGUCCUCCCUGCCUCCUCGCCACGACGGGCUACCACAGGAAGUGGCUCGCCAUUGCACCAUCCAGGCCAGGCUGCUGGCUUAUAGAACAGAGGAUCCCAAAGUGGGCGUGGGUGCUGUCAUCUGGGCCAAAGGACCGGCGGCUGGCAGUGUUGGAACAGGGAGUCUGUCCCUGGUGGGUUGCGGGUACAACGCCUAUCCAGCAGGCUCACAGUACGCAGAAUACCCCCAGAUGGACGACAAACAGGAGGACCGACAGAGACGCAAAUACAGAUAUAUUGUCCACGCGGAGCAGAACGCCCUCACCUUCAGAACUCGACACAUCAAACCGGACGAGUCCACCAUGCUGUUUGUCACUAAAUGUCCCUGUGACGAGUGCGUCCCUCUGAUCAAAGGAGCCGGCAUCACACACAUAUACACCACGGACCAGGACAGGGACAGGGACAAGGGGGACAUCUCCUACCUGAGGUUCAGCAGCGUGAAAAACAUCAGCAAGUUCAUAUGGCAGAGAAGCCCUUCAGUGUCCUCCCCUCACCACGCCAAUGGUUUUGUCGGGAAGCACAGCAGGCAGGCUGAGCAGGAGAGCCACAGUAGCAAAAAGCUUUGCACCAACAGAUCCCAAACUUCCCCUCCUGUCAGCUAAAGGACGGACAGAUAAAUGGAAAUACCAAAAACUGCAGAAUCAAGUUUUUAUAUAUAUUUUAUCUCCUUCCCGUGCAGCAGAUUUGAAGUUUUAUGUCUGCAGCAACACGGUGAGAAUGUGAAGAUCAGAUCUGCGCUGCACUUCAUUUUACGUUAUUUAUUUGCUCCUUCGUGCAGAAAUGAGAUUGUUUACCUGAUUAUGUUGUCAGUUUGUAUGUAUGUAAUCAUUGACAUGUUUCAUGUGUCCUUCUACUGCUGCAUGUUUACGUUUUAAACAAUUAUUUUCCCUCUAAAAAUCUAUAUUCUAACUACCAGAGGCCAUUGUGUCCGUUAAGGCUCCGAUUUAAGGAAUUAGAGCACAUAAAGCACUUGAUCUGAAACUUAUUGGCAGUUAGUAAAAAAAACAACAA